CUGCUCUUUUCUUCUCAUAAUUCCCGCCCUUUUCCCCUCACAUUUCCCACCUUUCCCCCCUCAUGUUUACUGCUCUUUUCCCCCUCACGUUUACUGCCCUUCUCCCCUCACAUUUCCUGCUCUUUUUUCCUCAUAAUUCCCUCCCUUUUCCCCCUCACAUUUCCCACCCUUCCUCCCUCACGUUCCCCAGCCUUUCUCCCUCAUUUCCCACCCUUUUCCCCUCAAGUUUUCCUGCCCUUUUCCCCUCACGUUUCCAAUCCUUUUCCCCUCACAUUUCCCACCCUUUCUCCCUCACGUUCCCCAACCUUUCUCCCUCCCGUUUCCCGCCCUUUCUCCCCUCACGUUUUCCCCCCCAUCAUUCCCUCCUGGGCUUCCCCCAGGUGCAGACGUACCUGAGGCGGCUCCUCAGCCCAUCCCCACCAUGGACUGGUUCCACUGCAACCGCUGCUAUCGCCAGGACGGUGCCCAGUUUGCCGUCACCAGCUGCGGCCACAUCCUGUGCCAGGACUGCGGGGGCACAGGUCCCUGCCCCAUCUGUUCCUCCGCCUGCCGCUACCUGCCCCUGUCCCACCAGAUGCGCCCCCAGGACAAGCUUUUCUUCAAGACUCCAACAUCCAUCGCCCUCAAGCACCUCUCCCACAUCUCACAGGUGUGGCGGUUCCAGAUGACACAAGUGCAGCUGCUGCUGGACUCGCUGCGGGACUCGGCUCGCCGGGCACAGGCGGCGCUGGAAGAGGCCAAGGAGGAGCUGGCGGAGAGGAGGAGAGAGGUGGAGUCGCUUCGCCGGGAGAACGCGGAGCUGCGCCGAGCUCAGGUCUCCGGGCUGGCUCAGGGCAGCCGCAGCAGCACCCCCCGCCCCAUCGGCAUCACCUCCCCCUCGCAGUCAGUGACCCCCAGCCCCGCCCGUGCAGUUCAGUGCCAGGUGGUCAGGUGA